AUGACUCUUGGUCUCAACCAACGUUUCCAUCUUCCUGAGAUUAUACCUGCCAGGCGCCCCGCAUCAAUUUCACGGCUCUUGUUCUCCUACCCACCUAUUGUUACUCUGCUUGGUCUACUGCACCCUUACACCAAAGCCACCGCCUUGGCCGAUGUUCAUCCCACCAUCGAUUUGGAUCUGCUUCGUCAGCUUGCCGAAAGUGUUCGUGAUGAUCGGAUUGAAUCCGAGGAAGCGAUCCGUGCUCUGUGUCAGGUUUUCGAAGACACUUUCACUUUCGAAGUGCUACACGGUCAACUCAAUGCCGAUUUGAAGGAAAAAGUCUCGGCAUUUCUCAGUGGCACUCCGGUAGAGACCAUUGCAGCUCAAGGCUUUGAUCCUACCCACGCGCCUCUGAGCUUUCGCAGGCAUCCACUCGGCGGCCGUGUACCUGAUGCACACAAAAAGCAUCACCUUUCCGGCGGCCGUGCCUAUGCCAAGGUCGAACAAACGAUAGAUGCAGUGGAGCAUCGUCCGGUUGUGUUUGAAGACAGCCAGAAGACCAAAAUCAUGGAGGUCUAUAGCGACGUUCCCUUUAUCAACUGGCAACAGAAUGUACACACCAGACCAGCCCUGACCUUCGUCCCAUCUACUAUCCUCGGCUUGCAGAACCUGAUCAAGGCAUAUCCUCAAAAGCGCAUUCGAUGUAGUGGCUACCGCCACACCAGGUCCGACUUCUUCGCAGAAGAUGGAGACAUUCUGGUCUCCUUCGUCAGCCUGCACCGCGUCGCAAGCGUGUUACCGGAGAUGAUCAACAUCUUCAACAGUCAGCAGGUCAAGCAGAUACUCAACGAGUUCGAAAUAACCACUGGUGGAAUCGUUGGGUCGAUGUGCCAUGGCUCUGGCUUGACACAAAAGUCCAUCAAUGACUAUGUCAGAUCGCUCGAGUACGUCGAUGUCAAUGGCACUCCUCAAACAAUCACAGAUCCCUUCGAACUACACGCUGCUUUGGGGUGCUUCGGCCUGAUGGGAAUCAUCGCACACGUCACCUAUGAAGUCAAGAAAAUGACUUACGCUGUCAUGCGACCGCGUAAGGUGAAGACGAUGCUUGCCAUUCCACCUCCUGAUACAAGCCAGGUUCCCGAAGCAUUGCAUGUUGAGACCAGUCCUGAAGAAAUCCAGGGAGCGAUCACUGAAUUUGAACGACGAGCUGAGCAAGACCACUAUGCUGAGUGGUCAUGGUUUUCCUAUCAAUCGGAUGUUCUCGUCAAUACAUGGUCGACAGUCUCUGAUGGCGAAGAGCAACAGGACUACACAACUCCUACCCAAACAUUUCUACAAUGGAUAGCGGCAUAG